CAAAUUCAAAAUUCGUGUAGCAAAAUGCAUACUCCUGGGUUUGGAUGCACAUUUAUUAACGUAGAGUUUAUGAAAGAAAUUCGAAAAGGAUUUGAAUCUACAUGGAUUUUUAAGUGUAAAAUGUGCAACUUAUUGACUACAAUUUUAUCAGAAACUAAAAAACUGGAAUAUAUACCAAUAAACAAAGCCAUUACCAAUGGUACUUGUGCUAUUGGUAUAGGUUAUACACAAUUGGCUGAACUUUCAGCAAGUAUUGACAUACCAUGUAUGUCUCCAAACACAUACAUCAAACUCACUGACAUUUUAAGUGAAGAUAUAAAAGUUAUUGCUUGGAAUGUCAUGAAACUUGCCGGUAUUGAGGAAAAACAAUUAGCGCUGGAAGCAGGUGAUGUCGAUAUCGACGGUAUACCUAUGUGCCCAGUAGUUGCCGACGGACAGUAGAGUAAACGUAGUUACAAAACUAAAUACGACGCAUAUUCAGGAGCGGCUACAAUUAUUGGUUAUCGUACAAAAAAAGUAUUGUUUGUCGGAAUACGAAACCGAUAUUGCGCAAAUAGGCGGUAAACGAAUUA